AUGGAGCUCGAUCGGCUUCCAGAUGCGAUAACAAUAUUUAAUUACCAGAAUUUCGACGAGGUCUUCUAUUUCGACCCCGAAUGUUCAUAUGACGAAGAUGUGGUCGAAGAGAUCGUGCAGAACAAGAAGGAUCUUGAGGUGCAAUUUAUCGAAAGUGUGAUGAAAUUGUUAGGAAUAAAGAGACCCUCGAAAUACUAUCCUCCCAAGUCAAACAGCGAUCUCAGACACCUCCAUAAAGCUAUCGUCGAGAGUUCGGGUUUGGAGCAUCAUAAAAUUUCCGUACUAUACUAUGUACUUCUCAACAUCGAUCUUCCCACGGGGAGGAGAGUUUACUCUUCCGAGUUUGAAAGGAGAUCUUUCCUACCUGCGAAAUACUCAAUAUACAUGAAAGGGUUAUGGCAUCUGGACGGACAGGAGUUCAAGAAAGCUUUGGAAUAUUUGACCCAUGCAUCACUGAUACCUACUUUCCAGGACGAUAUUGUAGAAUUAUUAGUACGGAAAAACGAACUGCAUCUAGCGCUGGCUUAUUACCACACGGUCCAACCAGUCUUGAAUGAAUCAAGAGCGAUUCAGUGUCUCUUUAGAGCAAUUGCGACAAGCAGUGUUACCGAAGCAUUCUAUUACUCCAGGAGCCAACCAGAAAAUACUCGAAGACACCUAUUCGAGUUUCUCAUCUCUCUCGUCAUCCACAACUCGCCGAAAGCAACGAUUGCUGAUCGAAGUGUUGAGCUCGUCAACUUGCCAUUUUCCGACGAGGAGGAAGCAUGGUUCGAGGAGUAUCUGCUUCAAGGCGAUGGUCGAGGACUUAGCAAGGGCAAGGAUACGCUGAUGAUGAGGAAAAUCGGGACUGGCAAGUUCACUGAAUCAUUGGCCAUGAAGGGCGCGAAUGGCCGUGCUAUCGGCGGUCUGGACUGGCGCACUCUAUCGGAAUCUAUUCGGGAUGGCUUAGGACCACGGUGA